UCCUGUAGGCGGCUCUCUCAUCUGAAACAGAGCAGUAAAGAUCCGUGCAGAGAGAGCGAGAGCGCUGCUUGGGGAUACAUGAUGGCGCAGAAGUCGAGCUUGUUUGAGGCGGACAGGAAAUGUGCUGAUCAGGACAGCAUAGGACCAGCUUCCCAGACUUCAGCUUCAUCCUCAUCAUCCUCAUCACUGAAGAGACAGUGGGACGGUGAUGAAGAAGAAGAUCACUCUCCCAGUAAGAAGCAGGUGACUGAGGAAUCGUUACACAGUCAGAAAGUGGCCACACAUUACAACAAGCUUCAGGAGCAUGGCCUGGCAGAGCGCAAUAAAAGCAGGAUAGUCCACAUGCGCAACUUCAACAACUGGUUAAAGAGUGUGCUUAUAGCGGACAUCUUGGACAAGGUGAGGCGAAGACGGAGAGAGGUGACCGUGUUGGAUCUCGGCUGUGGAAAAGGAGGAGACCUUCUCAAAUGGAAGAAAGGACAUAUUGAUAAACUGGUGUGUGCAGAUAUCGCUGCUGUGUCCAUCGAGCAGUGUCAGCAGCGCUAUAAUGACAUGAGACGUAGGGGUCACCCAAACGACCGCACGUUCUCAGCCGACUUCAUCACCGCAGACUGCAGCAAGGAGCUGCUGUCUGAUAAGCUGCGAGACCCUGAGCUGCGGUUUGACGUGUGCAGCUGUCAGUUUGUGUGUCAUUAUUCCUUUGAGAGCGAGCAGCAGGCUGACACCAUGCUGAGAAACGCCUGUGAGAGACUCCGGCCCGGAGGAUUCUUCAUCGGAACCACUCCAGAUGCUUAUGAGCUGGUGAACCGUUUGGAGGUGUCGGACUCCAACAGCUUUGGAAAUGAAGUGUUCAGGGUGACCUUCCAGAAGAAAGCAGACUACCCUCUGUUUGGCUGUCAGUAUGACUUCAGUCUGGAGGGUGUCGUCAACGUCCCAGAGUUUCUGGUGUAUUUCCCGCUGUUUGAGGAAAUGGCGAAAAAGUACAACAUGCGUCUGGUUUACAAGAAAACCUUCAAAGAGUUCUUUGAGGAGAAAGUUAAAGAUGAGAAGAAUAAGGUUCUGAUGCAGUGGAUGCAGGCGCUGGAGCAAUACCCUCCAGGUGAGGGGGGCCAACUGGCGUCCGACAGUCUGGGGGAGUACGACCACGCCAAGAGAGUCGCUGCCAGACGUCCACUGGGGACCUUGAGCAAGUCUGAGUGGGAGGCUACAAGCAUAUACCUGGUGUAUGUGUUUGAGAAAAUGGCAUGAGUCCGAGGGAUUCACCAUCGAGCUAUUGUGUCCGGAUGAGUGAGCCGAAGAAAUGGAGUCUCAUUGUCAUUCAUCUGGUUUCCAGGAGCCUGCUGA